GAAAUCAUCCAACAGAUCCUUGAAAACGUACAUCAAAUCGAUAAACCCUCUCUCCCUGCCUGUCGUCUCGUUUGUCGGACAUUCGACGCCAUCACUUUUCCUUUGUUGUUCUAUCAUAUUCCUCAAUGGCUGAAUUACGAGGCCUCCCACCGAGCUGUCUUGUCCCUGGCACACGACAUCUGCAAUCGACCUGCUGUAAUGUGGUCGCCAUGGGCCACAGCGCCGGAUGGACCAGUAGAUCCUGUUUGGAUGGCGAUUGUGUGGAAGUUGUUAGUGAAGAGAGAUGUGCCUGGAUCAUUAGCUGUGGUGGGCAGAAAAGGAGAAGGGGUUUUGACAGCAGAGAAUUUCGCCGAGUUGAGCGGGAUGGAAGAGAUGACGGAGAAUAGGUUGAGGACGGGGCAGAAUAGGUUCUUGAUGCAUAGGAGCUAUUCG